GGCCGUCCUGGUGCGAGUGUGUCAGAGGCUCAGUGUGUGUUACGCUGUCAGGACGAGGAGCUCGCUGUGCAAACUUUUACGUUCAUCGAGUGGCUUUGGUUUAACCGAGCGGGAGCAGCAGCAGCGACAGCUCAGGUGGUUCUGUGAAGGCCGCGAGCUGCACAACUCUCCCGACAUUCAGAUCUGGAGGGAUGGUGACCUGCACACACUGGUGAUCUCCGAAGCGUUCGAGGACGACACGGGACGCUACACCUGCGUGGCUUCCAACAGCAUCGGAGCAGACAAUACCUCCGCCGAGGUUUACAUCGAAGGAGCUUCGUCAUCAGACUCAGAGGGAGAAGGAACUGGGUCAAAAUCCAGAUCAGGAACCAUGCCUCAAGUUCAGAAGAAGACGACUUCAAUGUCCCUGACGAUACGCUCGUCCUCACCCAAAACCUCAGAGGUCCUUCCUCAUCGCUCCACCUUAGUGCAGUCCCUGUCUCAGCCGAUACAGCGGAUGCAGAGCCCAGUGUCGUCACUAUACGAGGCAUCUGGUCCUCCGAUAUUCACCAAGCUGCUGCAGGAUGCCCAGGCCUCCGAGGGCCAGGUGGUGGUUCUGGAGUGCCGGGUCCGAGGAAGCCCUCCUCUGCAGGUCCGAUGGUACCGCCAGGGAGAGGAGAUCCUGGACUCGCCCGAUUUCCGGAUUCUCCGGAAAAAGCCUCGAUCUGCUGCUGAGUCAGAUGAGAUCUGCACCCUGGUGAUUGCCGAGGCCUUCCCAGAGGACGGGGGUCUGUUCUGCUGCACGGCGUCCAACCCGUACGGCUCCGUUAACAGCACAGCACAACUCGCUGUCGCUGCAGCAGCCGAGGACUCAUCCAGUAAUGGCAUGUCUGCUGAUAGCUCCGGGUUCGAGGAUGUGGCCGCCUUCCCCCCUCCUCCCCCCCCGCCCACAGAGAUCAGCCUCCUGGAGCUGCCACCCAAGAUGAUGCUGCCUCCGCCCGGCGCUUUCGUCAUCAAGGAGCUCGAGAUCUGGCCCAGUGUGUCUCCGGUACAGAUGUGCUCAGAGGUAGAGGAGGAUGAGGGAAGAGGGUCUGUGCAGAACGGCCGACCACCAAAUCCAGCAUCACCACCGAGUCCGCCUAAAGCGACCACACCCCCACCUCCACCACCACCUCUGCCACAGUCUGACGUUGCAACAGAUGUCACAGUCACAGCUCAAAGGCCACCAGACUCCCCUCCAUCCCCAGGGAAGGACGGUCCUCCGCUGCCCACCAAGCCUAAACCAAAGCUGAACGCGACCCAGCUGAAGCUGCUGCAGGACCAGAUUCUACUGGAGCAACAGGAAGCAGCCGUCUGGCAUCAGCAGGAACAGCAGGAACAGCUGGAACAGCUGGAACAGCAGAUCCAGGAAGUCCCGCCUCCGCCUCAGCAACCGCCUCAGGAAGUGCCUCCUUCUCCCCCUGCUCCGCCGUCUCCGCCUCUCCCACCUCCUCCCUCCUUCCAGGAGUUGGAGAGCAGCACCACCAUGCAGGCCAGCACCUUCAACUAUGCCCGGCCCAAGCAGUUCAUCGCCGCCCAGAGCCCCGGCAGGGCGGGCUACGUCACCCAGACCUCCGGCUCCUCGGGGUCCGGCCUGUCGUCCCCGAUGUCGCCCCCGACCUCGCACAAGACCGUCACCAGGGUCACCGUGCCCCCCUUCACCAAGGCCGGCAGCGUGGAGUCUCCGAGCUCCCCUUCCUUCCCGGCUCCUCCUCCGCCGUUCUUCGGCUCCAACCUGUCCUCCCCAACGGGCCCCACCCAAGACUUCCCUCCUCCUCCACCUCCUCCUCCUCCGCCCGUCCCCAUGUCUCCGGCCCUCUCGGAUAUGUCCUCGCCGUUCUCCUCCGUCCCUCCGUCUCCAGCCUCCAGCUUCCUGUCCUCGGUGUUGCCCUCCACACCUUCCUCCCCCGGCAGUCCCACGGUCAACGCCCUGGGUCUCCCUAAAGGCAACGGGACGAUCAGAGCGUUCCCGAGGAAGUCCUCGGUCACCAGGACGCCGCGCUUGGCCUCCGACUCCGACAUCCAAGGGUCCAAGGACGCCGUCAUCCAGGACCUGGAGAGAAAACUGCGCUUUAAGGAGGAGCGCAUAAGUAAUGGUCAACAGAAGUUAACCUAUGAGGAGAAGAUGGCUCGCAGGCUGCUGGGUGCCGACAACGCCGCCACAGUCUUAAACACUCAGGACACGGAGGAGGAGCCGGUCACACAGGAAGACAAGUCAUCAGAUAGAGAAUCUUUCCCUCAAAAGGAAUACAAAGUGUCCAGCUUCGAGCAGCGUCUGAUCAGCGAGAUUGAAUUCCGUCUGGAGCGUUCCCCGGUGGAGGAAUCGGACGACGACGUGCAGCACGACGAAGACUCCGGCGGGCGCGGCGCGGCGCCGUCCUUCGACCAGAAGCUCAAACACUACAAGGUGUUCGAGGGCAUGCCGGUCACCUUCUCCUGCAAAGUCCACGGAGACCCCAAACCAAAGGUCUACUGGUUCAAAGACGGGAAGCAGAUCUCCAAGAGGAGCGAGCACUACCGGAUCAGCCGGGACGCCGAUGGAACCUGCUCUCUGCACACCGCCGCGGCCUCGCUGGACGACGACGGCAACUACACCAUCAUGGCCGGCAACCCCGAGGGCAGGGUCAGCUGCACCGGCAGGAUGAUGGUCCAGGCCGUGAACCAGCGAGGCCGGAGCCCCCGCUCCGCCCCCGGACACAUGCGCAGGCCCAGGUCCAGGUCUAGAGACAGCGGUGACGAGAACGAUAACAUCCAAGAGCGCCACUUCCGGCCCCACUUCCUGCAGGCGCCCGGUGACCUCAUCGUUCAGGAGGGCCGACUGUGCCGGAUGGACUGCAAGGUGAGCGGCCUGCCCACUCCGGACCUCAUCUGGCAGCUGAACGGGCAGACCAUCCGCCCGGACUCCGCCCACAAGAUGCUGGUGCGGGAGAACGGCGUGCACUCGCUGGUCAUCGAACCCGUGACCAGCCGCGACGCCGGCAUCUACACCUGCAUCGCCAGCAACCGGGCCGGGCAGAACUCCUUCAACCUGGAGCUCAUCGUUGCAGCCAAAGAGAUGCACAAGACCCCGACAUUCGUGGAGAAGCUGCAGAACACGAGCGUGGCCGACGGUCAUCCUGUGCGACUGGAGUGUCGCGUCACAGGAGUUCCCCACCCACAGAUCUUCUGGAAGAGGGAGAACGAGUCCUUCACUCACAACACGGACAGAAUCAGCAUGCACCAGGACAACUGUGGCUACCUGUGUAUGAUCAUCCAGCCAGCCAUGAAAGAAGACGCCGGCUGGUACACCGUGUCAGCCAAGAACGAAGCCGGCAUCGUGUCCAGCACCGCGCGCCUCGACGUCCACACUCAGUGGCAGCAGCCAAACCUCCCCAAGCCCAAGAAGGUGCGUCCGUCCACCAGCCGCUACGCCGCGCUGACGGAGAGAGGGCUGGACGUGAAGGCGGCCUUCUUCCCCGACUGCAGCCCGCUGCAGCCCGGCGGUCUGGUGGAGAGCGACGACCUGUAGAGACCACCGUGGGGGGGGGGGGGGGACGUCUGAAACCCCAAAUAACCCUGAACGCUGCCCUGGUUCCCAGCUCUCCUGAGACAAAAUACUUUAUGACGGCACCGAGGGGGCAGAAUAUAACCACCUGAGGGACAUUGAACUAAAGAAGGGUUGAGCUGGUGCAGCCGCAGAGGGUUUCAUAUGGUUUUUAUAGUACGACACAAACCCAUUAUAUCACAGAAUUCAUCCUCCGUUGCUUCAUUCUAUCAACUGGACCUGGAAAAAUGAUUGAAGUGUUUAAACCGCGAGGACGGACUGUUCAUAAAUGUGCUCUGGAAGGUUUCACGAACUGUGCGGUUGUUUAAGUGCCUCUCAUAACUGUUAAGAAAAACGAAACAUAGGAUUUAGUAAGUUUAAGUGAUACACAGACUAAUACUGUAACUACGUAGCACAGCUGUGUUUUAAAAGACGACUUAAAAAAGAGACAGAAUGGUUGUUUAUCACGUGCAGCACAGCGCUGAUCUCUACAGUGUGUGACUGUGUAUCGUACAGUCUCAGUGUCUUUGUGGAGGAGCUGACAGAUGGUGGAAAGAGGCCGGGCCUUAACAAACAGAAUGUCUUUCUGUUUCUUUAAGCAAAAUAAAUGAGGUUUAAUGAACAGGAAUGAGAUGUGUUUGUUGAGGAAGGUUCGAUUUAAAAGACGGAGAAGAAAAAGCAGGUUUUCAUGAUGGUAAGUUAACACUUGAUAUGUCUGGAAGACUAAAGUUGCCAUUAUAAUAAAUAAAUAAAUAAAUACAUCCAUAAAUGUCUGAAUAAAUAAAAGAAUAAAAGAAAGAAAUGUGGAAUUAAAAUCCUCAAUUAUCAACAUUUAAUGUGCAGGUUAAUUAAAAAAAAUAAAAAUGUGCGACAGAAAUUGAAAAAAAUAAAUGUACAUAACAUGUUUAUAUUCUUUUAUUAUUUCAUUUAUUUAUUAAGUAAUGUAAGUAUUUUUUCAUUUAAUUACUGCAGUGGCAGCUUUAGUCCUCCACAGUGAGGGAUCGAGUGUCUGUGAACAACGGGACAUUUAUUUGAGUGAUUUCUUUCUUUUUCCUUUGAUGUUUUAUUUUGAAAGGGUUGAACUGAUCUCACUCAACUGAGGGUGCUGUGGAAGGUUUCAGUUUAUUUACACACGCAUCAAAGAUUGUCCAAUUUAUUUUUGUAUGAAAAAAAAAAAAAAAAAACUUCCGACAAUCUUGACGUUAAAACUAAAUGUAUGAAUAUGUGAACCUUCUGUUCGCUGAUAAAAACAAUGCUUUCUGUAUCAUGACGUUUUAUAAAUGUAUUUACUGCCUUAAAUCACUUUUAGGAUUAAUGCAAACACAACUUAUUUGCAUGUUGUUUCUGGAAACGUACACACAGUGCCAGACAACUGUUUCCAGGAUGUAUACCCCCCCCACACAGUAGUCAGGGGUAGAAAACACUCUGAGCUGGUAGAAAGUGAAAAACAAGGUAUAUUUAUAUCUACUAUUUUCGUCACCUCUGUAAUAUUAUAUUAUCUGUUCAGAGCUUGCAUCAGCUGACAGUUACUGUGUUUGCACAUUUUUAUGCCAAUCAAUGCCUGUAUAUGGAUUGUUUCUCCUGAUAUUAUUUUAGGUUAUGAAAGUUAAUAAAAAAAUCAAACUCUUCA